CUAAGCUUCAAAUGUCAAGUCCUACUCUUGCAUACUCAAGCAAGUGAUUUCACACUAUCCCACAUCCAGACCACACCAGUGCAGCCCCCCAUUAUUUUGCUGCUAUUAAAGAACGUGGCUGAGCAAAGAAAACAAGGCAAUGCUCCAUGAUGAGGUGCUGUGACCUUUUUGCACAUGGAAGCAGCACACCAGAAUGGUGGUGAUGUGAAGGGACCUGUGGGUUGAAUGUCCUCUGAUGCAGUAAGGUUCGCAUAGGUUGUGCGGAUAUUGACAGACUGUUGUCCAGAAAGUGUAUAUGAAGAUGAGGAGACACCCUGAGUAUAAAUGAAGCUGGCAAGAGAGAAAAAUCUAUUUCCUGUGUCUGAGGCAGAGAAUGCCUCUACUUCAGGCUUCCCUCUGAACACCUUAUGUCCUUUGCCCCAGUUGCUGGGCUCAUCAGCAUUAGCAGAUGAAUACUCCAGGCCAGCAGUCAUGGGCCAGACUGCAGUGAGUUCAGGACAGCACUCAAACAAUUCAGCAUCCAUCAAAGAGAUACUGAUCUCUGUGCUGGAAUCAUACGAUGGCUUCAAACCAACUACAGAGAAAUGCACACCUGAUACAAGGCUUUCUUCACUAACUUUACUCCAGGAUGGAAAUGCAAAAAAGCUUUGGGACAGUUGGAGUGGAGAUGGUGAACGGCAGCAAGAUGUUGGGAUUCCAAUGACUAUAUCCAAAGACUAUUCAUGCAGCAACAAUUCAUUGUUUACAUCACCUGAGCUAUCCUCAAGUCGUGUCAUUUCCAACACCUUCAAUAAACUUCUCCUCACUGUACAGUCAACAGCUGCCAGGUGCACAGUCUUUGCUGAUGGAGUUCCAUCGAUGAUUUCCAAGAGCAACGAGUCACAUCACUGCUCGCAGUCUGAUGCAAGCAUCUAUCCAGACAAAGCACAGUGUUAUCAGAGUAACAGACCAGAAACAAUUGUAUACACAAGCUAUCUCUCUAAUCCAAGUUUCAGUGCCAGCAAAGCUUGGGAAAGGGAGAACACACACCUUAUUGUUGCAGAUUUGGUUAUUGCUACAUUGGAGAAUGUGAAAUACAACAUCCUGUAUGAGCAAGCUGAACUGGGAGAAGAGGAUAAUGUUAUCCAGAUAUCAGAUGUGAGGACUUGUAUUAAGAAGGAAUCGCAUUCUGACUCUGUAAACUCUGUAGACAGUGGUUUUGAAUGUGGUUCUGCUAAUCAGCUGGAUGAUUCAUCUGAUGCUGGCUCCAAGGACCAUCAAAAUGGUGAUGAUGCUGCUGUUGGUGCUGAUGACGAUGGUUAUGAUGAUUUUGUGAUAAUAGAAUUUGAUGACCUUGUUUUUGGUUCUGAUGGUCCCCUAAAGUCAGUAGAAAGGCACUGUUUAACUGCUGAAUAUUUGGCUCGGCGACUAUUUAAAUCAUUUCGGACUAUGUGGUUACCUCCAAAGACUAAAGAACGUCACGUUGAAACAGUGGAAAUGGUGCUGGAUAAAUUUCUUCCUCUGAAAGACACUCUUCCUGGUGCUGAAGAAUCUGUGGAUUUGACUGCAGACUUCAAAGUAAACUCCCGAUUGAGGGGCACGACAGAAUGGGCUCCUCCUCGAUUUCAAAUUCUGUUCUUCAUCCAUUCACCCCAGAAGAGAGAAGUUGUUGUCGCUGCUCAGAAUUCUCUGUGUGCCGGCUGUGGAACAAGAAUCGAAUCCAAAUACAUCAAAAAGCUCCGUUACUGUGAAUACUUUGGGAAAUAUUUUUGCGAAUGCUGCCACCACAAUGAAGAAUCUCUGAUACCUGGCCGAAUCCUAAUGAAGUGGGAUUUCAGCAAACAUCCUGUCUGCCAUUUCUCCAAGCUGCUGUUGGAGAGCAUAUGGCACGAUCCACUUUUCAACAUAUUUUAUAUCAACAACUCCCUUUACAACAAAGUCAAGGAGCUGAGAAAAGUAAAGGAACUUCAAGAGCAGUUGAUUCAUGUCAAGAAACUACUAAGAACCUGUAGAUUGGCCAAAAGUGCAAUGGUUGAAUUCUGGCAAUUACAAGCCCACUUAUCUGAAGAGCUGCACUUAUACUCGUUGAAUGAUCUGGUGAUGGUGAAACGGGGCCUGCUGGUUCCAGGCCUGAAAAACACUCUGAGAAAUGUCCUUUCCCAUGUAGAAAGUUGUGAGAUAUGCAUGGCCAAAGGCUUCAUCUGUGAGUUUUGCAAGAGUAGAGAAAUUCUCUUCCCCUUUCAGACAGAACGAUGCAAACAAUGUUGUGUAUGCAAGGCUUGCUUUCAUAAAGAUUGCUUCAAAACAACAGAACGAUGUCCCAAGUGUGCAAGGAUAUGUGCACGGAAGGAGCUCCUUGCUUUUCAACAGGCUGAGCAUUGAAGUGAAAUCCUGUGGAAGUGGGUGGAUUUCAGUUUUUUUUUAAAAAACUCAACGUGUGAUGCCACCUUCCAUGCUUUUUAAAAUGAACAAAGUGACGACGUCUGGAACGCCGCAAACUUUUGAAUUGUCCAACACAGAUGCACCUUCAUUGUGGUUACCUUUCUUCAGAACAGGGGGGGGUUUCUUUGCCAUUUAACUGACCAUGUGAGUUAACAAGAUUUUUUUUACAGAACCUGAGGAAUUUGCCCUUCUAACUUCUGUAACAUUAGGGACUAUAACCCAAUGUUAAUUUACACCUUUAUGCAGGGUGUGAACAGGAGUAUUUAAAUUCUAGUUUGGAUAUUCCACCCUGCUGUUGUUUCUAAAUUAUUGUCACUUUGCCACAAAGUAAAUAAAGCAGUCCUGUACAAAGCUUCUAUAUUUGGGUGGUAGUGGUGUGGGAAGAAUUUAAAUAUCACAAACCAAUUUAUCACUGCUCAGAUCUCCUUGAUUUUGCUGGAUGCUAAAUGUUGGCAUUUUGCCAACAUGGCUGGCUCUUCACCCUCUUGCAUUAUUUAUCUUGUUUCUAUUCCAUAGUCUUGAGCAUCUGGGUUUGGAAUUAAAGGUGUUAAUUUAGCACCAGCAGUACCACAGACAUCAGUAGCACUUAAAUUCUCCUGCACUAACAUGGAAAGAAAUUGAUUAGUCUCUUCAUUAUUCUGUUUAUGAUCUAAUUUGUUUAAGGCAUGAUUUCUGUUGCAUAAUUGGCCCUGUUUAGGUAUACUGAUUGAGAAUGUGAAAUUCAAACAUGCUCUUUUUUUUUCCCCUCAGUACCUCUGUGCAAAGCAAAAUCUGGCUACAUUCUCAAAUGAAGGGGCCAUCUAACUGUUGUUAAAAGGGAAAGCUCUUCCUAUUCCGUUCAACAGAGAAUGGGACAAAAUGGAUGUGUUUUUUUUCUCCCUGUCCAGGCUGCAGAAAAGUUGAGUGAAGGAGCUACAAUUUCAGACUCCUACAUUUGAAAAUGUGUAGUAUUCUUUAUGCCUGUUUAAAUUUACAUUUUUCAAAAAUAUAAACUUUUUAAAAAAAACUAUUUUAAGGAAGCACCUAUAUGAAUGCUAUAAAAUGCAAUUGCAUUUUAUAAUUCUAAGAACUUGUGUAAUUAUCUACAAGAAUUUUUAAAGCAAAUAAUGUUUAAAAAAAACACAGCUAAUGGAUUUCACACUUGCAUGGGCCUGAUGGAGGCUUUUAUUUUCUCUUAAAGGGUUGCUGUCAUUUUGUGAAGUUGUUUGGUACACUUGGUUUCUGGAGAAAGUUGUAUAGGAUCAGCCUUGUUUAACAACAUUGUUGUAAAGAAAAUGUUUGCCAACUACUUUUCUUGAAUGCUUCCUUGUUUAAAGGCAUGUUAUUUUGGUAACUUUCAUUGUAAAAACCACCAUCCCUUCAAUUCUUUUUAAAACAACCUUGAAGUUCUGCUUUGCAACCUUUUAACUACAAACAUUUAUGAAAUUGCUUUGUCCUCCAUUUUAAUGAGGAAAAUAUUUUAAAAUUGACUUGCUCAUUUAAAAUGGUAGAAUAGAGGAAUUUUAUUUGGCCAUAUUAAAUGUUUGUAAAUUAAUAUUCCACAGCAUAAUUUCAAGGAACUAUUUUAUAGUUGAGUUUUCAGUAUUUUUCAAAGAACUGUCAUGUCAUUAUUUCACCCUAGCUCAUGUCUUUUACCUAAAUCUGUUAUGAUGGCCCCAGUAAGUGGAAAAUCUAAUUUAUGGUUAUUUUUCUCCUAUUGUGAUUAAAUCUUCUUUGUGCAUUCUACAGAUUAUCUUCCUCCUUUAUCCAUUAAAAUAGUUCACAAAAUGUUUAUGUCCAGAAAUAAUCUACAGUUACUAUACACUCAAAUACAUGAAGCUCUUUUGGUUAUUUGGAGAACUAACCAUUUUUACUUGAGACUUGGACCAUGAUUUGAAGCAGUGAUCCACAAAAUAUGGCCUGAUUUUUGUAAUUUUUUUAUAAUGUGUGCAGCACUCCAAAUACUUUUAGAAUCUAAUCUUUUCUAUGGUUAAAUCCAAAGGAGUGGAUAGUUUAGAAACACUACUAGACUAUAAAUAUUUCAAGCAAAAAAAAAGGGGGACUGAUCGAGUAGAUGUGUGGCUGUAAAUUUUAUCACCAACAGGGCAAAGAGCUGCUUUAAUGCACUUUCUUAUUCUGAUCAGUGGCUCCUUCAGAAAUUGCACUGGGAGUCUAAUUGCUUGUAUUGUGCUAUUGGAUUAACAUGUCUAAUCAUGACAUGCAAAGCAAUUUCUGUUGAAGUAGCAACAUUCCAAGUACUCUUUUUGGGUAGGAAAUAUUUAUUAGUUUUAAUUGCACUAGUCCAGAGAUCUACCACAAGACUAUUCUAGAAUAGCAGCCAGGCAACUUAGUGAAGAUUGGUACCUACUGUCCUGGAAGCUGAUUUUCACAAUGCAGAUGGAAGCCCAUAAGUUGUUUUUCCACAACCCAACCCCCACCACCCCCCCCCCCCCCCAGGGUCUUCCUGCACUGUGACCAGCAUUCAAGGACUAGACAGCUCUGGAUGGAUAAUAAAUACAUACCAGUUCAGCUGGAGAACCUGUUGUGACAGAAUGAAGGAUGAAGUUAUUUUCUCAUUUUUCUUUUGCUUUCAUACACUUUUGAGGAGGGGGACCAUAAAUUCUAUGAAGUAGUUCACUAAUUUUUAUUUCUGGGAGGAGAUCAGUGUGUGGCAACUGAAAGGAGAAAAACUUGCUACUAGAAAUGGAAAUUGGUGGCACUUAUUACCUAAAUACCAAUCCUCAAGCCUUGGUGUGGAGGUGGAGGUACUGUUGAAACAAUGCUCAAUAAAACCAAUUAUGCUUCAUCUUAAAUCUGUGAGAGCUUGCUGUUGGUCUUGGCCCACACAGUUAUAGCAUCACUACAGGUGGACAGGUCAAUCAUAAUUAUCAGGUGACCUUUUAUUAGGAAUGUCUUUAUUUGGAUAAGAUGAGACUAGAUUUGGGAAAAGCUUGGUACUUUUUUUUAUUUGCACUGUGGUUGAAUAGCUGUCUAUUUGUCUCUACUGGCACAUGCACACCUAUCAUUUAAAUUCCUAUUUUUGGGAAGAGAUUAAUAGAAGUAUGUUGGGAUAUACAAGUACCAAGAACAAGUAUGUUGAACCACUUUUUCAGUAAUAUUUAGAGGUGGUGGCAAAAAUGUAUUGAAUACCUUCUCCCAUUCCAAAAUUGUUGUUCCUCUUAACCCAUUUUUUGCUAAAAUGAAUGAUUUUAAGCAUAGGAGCUGGCUGGCAACAUACAGAUGAGCUUUUUGUUGUAAAUGGAGUCCCUAGUGUUUCAAAUGACUGUCUUUUGCAGAAGUGACUUUGGGCACCAGUGCUUAAGUGUAUAAAAUAUAACAACCUCUUUUGCACUUGAUCGUAAUCCAUUUUCUCACAUGCAAUGUUUACCUGUGUCUGAGUGGCAUAAUAAAAUGGACAAUUUCAA